UGAACGGGCUUGUUUGUUUCUCCCGUGGCCCCGGGCUGGCUGACUGCUGUUCAGGACAGCCUCUCGUACCUGCAUUCCACAGAGACGGGGCCGGCCCUCCGAAUGUGCCGGGGAGGCGGGGAGCUCCUAGGUGUGCAGGCAGCCGGUCACUCCCAUCCGCGUGUCGGUCGGCGGGGUGUGUGCCCCGGAGGGGGGAAACUGGAGGCUGGAAUGCAGCAGUCUGCUGCUGGGAGCGGGGGAAGGACUGCAGCUCUGAGCUCCUCAGUUCAGGUGUGAGCCGCUCCGGCUGGCUGUCUGGCUGGCGGGUGGGUCGUAUCGGAUACUGCCUGCAAGGGGCUGUGGGAAGAGCCAGUUUUCCGGGGUUUUCCUGUGGGUUUCCCGGAGUCCUGGUCCCGGUGAAGGGUCUUAUACAGAGCAGCGGAGCUUGAAGUUACCGGAUUCGGAAAAUGAGUGCUCUGAGGCUGAAGGAGCUGUCCAAUUCGGACUUGUACAGGAGGAGGCAGGAGCGCCCCGACAGCUUUGGACUGGGCAGCUUUCCGAAGGACACGCUCAGCAACAUGGCAAAUGCUCUGGCAAAUGCCAUCUGUGAGCGCUGCAAAAGUGGCUUUGCCCCCGCCGAGAAGAUCGUGAACAGCAACGGGGAGCUGUACCACGAGCAGUGCUUCGUUUGUGCGCAGUGCUUCCAGCAGUUCCCUGAGGGGCUCUUCUAUGAGUUUGAAGGGAGGAAGUACUGCGAGCAUGACUUCCAGAUGCUGUUUGCCCCCUGCUGUCAUGAGUGUGGUGAGUUCAUCAUCGGCCGAGUCAUCAAGGCCAUGAACAACAGCUGGCAUCCAGACUGCUUCUGCUGCGACAUCUGCCAGCAAGUCCUGGCAGACGUGGGCUUUGUGAAGAACGCAGGCAGGCACCUGUGCCGCCCGUGUCACAACCGCGAGAAGGCGCGCGGCCUGGGGAAGUACAUCUGUCAGAAGUGCCACGCCAUCAUCGACGAGCAGCCCCUCAUCUUCAAGAACGACCCCUACCACCCCGACCACUUCAACUGCACCAACUGUGGGAAGGAGCUGACGGCCGACGCCCGUGAGCUGAAGGGGGAGCUGUACUGCCUGCCCUGCCACGACAAGAUGGGGGUGCCCAUCUGUGGGGCCUGCCGCCGGCCCAUCGAGGGGCGCGUGGUCAACGCCAUGGGCAAGCAGUGGCACGUGGAGCAUUUUGUGUGUGCUAAGUGUGAAAAACCGUUCCUUGGACACCGUCACUACGAAAGGAAGGGGCUGGCUUACUGUGAGACGCACUACAAUCAGCUCUUUGGGGAUGUUUGCUACCAUUGCAACCGUGUCAUAGAAGGAGAUGUCGUCUCUGCUUUGAACAAGGCCUGGUGUGUGAACUGCUUUGCUUGUUCUACCUGUAACACCAAGCUGACUCUCAAGAACAAGUUUGUGGAGUUUGACAUGAAGCCGGUGUGCAAGAAGUGCUAUGAGAAGUUCCCCCUGGAGCUGAAGAAGAGGCUGAAGAAGCUGGCAGAAACUGUGGGGAGGAAAUAGACCCCCCACUCCCACCCCAGCACCUGCCCCCACCCCUCCUGGCCGCGGAGUGCAGGCCCGGCGGAGGACACUACCCAUGCUGAACACAUCCAGGGGGCCAUGGGAGUGGCGCCAGCACACCCAGUCUUCAGCUCGAUUGUUUCAAUAAGAAAACAUAAUGAAGUAAAAUAAUUAAUGGUCAGAAUUUUCAUCAGGGCUGACUUCAGUCCUGUCUUUAUCUGAGGCCUUCGCCUAAUCCUGGUGCUCAAACCUUUACCUUGUGUAGCUUCAAGAAUAAAAAGUGCUAACAAAGAUACCUAACACAAAGCAAUCUUAUUCUGUGUUUCCGCAUUUAAGCAAUGCAUAGAACGAGCAUUUCAAAUAUAAACAGCCUGAAAAUGUCCUCCCCAGUUGAGUCUUUGUAGAACGUGUGUGUUCAUAACAUGUUCAAGCCUAAAGGAUGAUGCUAUAAAUAAGGGAAGGAAGAAAGGGAGGACUCAGUGUCUUGUGUUCGAACAUUUCAAACAUUUUUAACGCCCAAAGAGAAUUAACAGUUUGGAUCUCUGAGAGAUGAUAUGUAAUCGGUGCCUCUUAAAAUACUAUUUAUAGCUGGGCCUUUAUAAGCUUGCUGAUUUUUCCUGCAUGGUUUUUGUACCUGUUUGUAUCCUUUGUUUCUUGUGCCUUAUCAGUUUUGUACCUGUUACAUAGUAGUUAUUAGCAAUAAUGUAUUUGUGGUCUGCUGUGUUUUGACAGCCUGUAUUUUGGUAGUCAGAUUUAUACUUGUUCUUAAGUUUGAGAGACACUGCCUUAAAAACAGAUUAGCCAAUACAUGUCAUGUUUAUUUAAACACAUCUUCAUCUCUGUCUUGAUGGAGAAGGAAUACUUCCUGAGGGUAAAGAGAUUGGAAUUGAAUAUAAUUUCUGUUGCUAACCAGAAAUUAUUCACAGCUAUAAACAGCCAAGCAUUGUUUACCUACCCUGGAGCAGUGUUACACUUUGUUUACUUUUUUAAAGUGCAUUAGUGUGGAAACAAAUUAAGACCACCUGACAGCAGUUUUUUUUUUCUUCUUUCUCACCUUUUGUAAUCACUGUUUAUAGAGUAUAGUUCAGUUGAUCUAUGAAAACAGGUUAUUUCACCUUUCUUGCUGGCAAUGCAAGAACUCUAAGCAGUCCAUACUUUGUACCAUCACUGUAAGUUAGUAAUAAAACAGUCUGUGAAGAUGUUUUGCACAGCAUAUCAGAUUUGACUGACAACACUUGACCUAAACCAUUUACAAAAGAACAUUUUAACAUCUCGUAUUCAGAUGAGUUACCAGCAGUUAAUCCUGAACGUGCUAAAGAGAUUUCAUGAACGUCAGAAAGAUGAAUAAGGCUUCUUAAACGCUGCUUUUCUUUUAUUUAAAACCUCACAGUAAACAUGAAUUCAUGGUACACAUUCCAUGAUAAAAUUUGACACUAAAAAUGGGUGCAAAUAAUUGAGACAUGAAAUUCAAAUGUGUACUGUAUGAAUUACUUUUUGAAGGUCAAGAAUCUGAGUCGCAAUGUCUUGGACUGUCAUUCAACAUGUUGCAUGUUCUCACAGUUUGUGAUGCCACACUUUUGUUUAGAAGAGCUUCUGUGCCAGUCUUGAAAUUCUGCUUGUAACCAUCACUGAUCACUCCAAUAAAUAUUGUACUUUAUCUUUAUCUGUAUUAUUCAAGCAGCCAGCUCCAGUAUUAAAUAAAAUGUAUAUUCUCAA